AUGGGGCUUACAGAGGGCACCACAAAGAAGAUGAUGAAGCAGGACGUGCAAGAAAGUUCUUUCACCUGUAUGACCAUGGAUGAGGCCAAGGAAGGGCUAUCUCGCCGGGAUCGACGCCGUGGCGCUUUCGCUGCGCCCGUCCCUAUUCCCGUCCCGUCCCGUCGAUCGCCCCGUUUUGUUCCGCAGGCACCGGGCGCCGCUGGGAGACCGCGGGCGACGGCCGCUCGGCCCGCCGACGAGGAAGUGUCUAGCGACUCCGAGACAGAGAGCCCGUUGUUGGGGCGGCGGCGGCGAGAGGCAGCGGAGGAGGAGGUGGAGGAGACGCCGCAGGAGAAGAAGCUGCGCUUGGCCAAGCAGUACCUGGAGGAGCUCCGCCAGCUCGAGGAGGAGCGGGCGGAGGAGGAGGAGGAACUCGAGCCGCCGGAUCUCAUCGGCGACCGGCUGAAGGAGGACGUGUUGGAGCAGAAAGGCCGGCUGCAGCGCCUGGUCGCCAAAGAUGUACAGCCUCCAGAUCCAGCCAGGAUCCGUGUGCUGCGGGGACACCAGCUGCCUGUUACCUGCCUCGUCAUCUCUCCUGAUGACAAAUUCAUUUUUUCUGCUUCCAAGGACGGCUCCCUCAUCAAAUGGGAGGUGGACAGUGGGAAGAGGCUGUGCGUGGUGCCCGGGGGGAAGAAGGGCACGGAGGAGCGGCACAUGGGGCACGCAUCCCAAGUCCUUUGCAUGGCCAUUUCAUCGGACGGCAAGUACCUGGCUACGGGAGACAAGAACAAGCUGAUCAUGAUCUGGGAUGCAGCCACCUGCAAGCGCCUGCACAUCUUCACAGGGCACCGCGACGCCGUCUCGGCCCUGUCCUUCCGAAAGGGCACACACCAGCUGUACAGCGCUUCCCAUGACCGCUGUGUCAAGGUCUGGGAUGUGGGGGAGAAUGCAUACGUGGAGACCCUGUUCGGACACCAGGACAUCAUCACAGGGCUGGACAGCCUGAGCCGGGAGUGCUGUGUGACAGCAGGGGGACGGGAUGGCACCGUGCGGCUCUGGAAGAUCCCUGAGGAAUCACAGCUCGUGUUUUCGGGGCACCAGGGCUCCAUCGACUGUAUCCAGCUCAUCAACGAGGAGCACAUGGUGUCUGGUGCUGAUGAUGGGUCUUUAGCCCUGUGGGGGCUGACCAAGAGGAAGCCGCUGGUGCUGGCCCGGCAGGCGCACGGUGAACAGGAGGCCCAGGGCCUGCAGCAGCCCUACUGGAUCUCGGCAGUGGCUGCCCUGCGCAACACUGACCUCCUGGCCACAGGGUCCCACAGUGGCAGCGUGAAGCUCUGGAAGUGUGGUGAAGGAUUUCGGAAGCUGGAGCACCUCUUGGACAUCCCCUUGGUGGGUUUUGUCAACAGCCUCAAGUUCUCAGCAGCUGGUGAUUUCCUGGUGGCUGGCAUUGGACAGGAGCACCGGCUCGGACGGUGGUGGAGAAUCAAAGAAGCCAAAAACAGCAUCUGCAUCAUCCCCCUGAAGCAGAAGACCACAGCCUCGAGCCCUGAAUCCCCUGGCAGCUCCUAGGCCCCUGUCCCUGGAGGCACUGCAGCAGGUUCCUUCUGUCCCUGGUGCUGUGCCCCCCAUCCUUGGUGCAGCCACCACCCUGAGGUCAGCAGGAUGUGAGUGGGGGUUGUCCCUGAUUGUGCUGGCCUCAUGUCUUGAUGUGGCUCUGCCCUCUGCGAGGGUCUGUCCCCUUCUCUCAGGUUUGGCCGUACCUGAACUCUGGAACAAUCCAUUUUGUUAAAAAAAAAAACAACAC